AUGAAGAACGAUAAGAAAAAGAAACAGAAGAAGGAGGUGCAAGUCUCCAUCACCAAGAAGCAUGAGGAGAUGGUUCAGUUCAUGCAAAAGUUGGUCCUCGGCUCAACUCCGUCCGGCAAUCUAACCGUCGAGGAAAGGAACGGAAUCGGACUCACGGAACGCUUAACCGACAUAUUCGUUGGGGAAAACGAUGGAGAUUUGCUGAUUCAACAAAGCGGUCGGGAGGAUAGGAUUUUGCAAUGGUUACAAGCUUUGGAUGUGCAAGUAAUUGGCGCCUGUCAGAUCGAUGAAAGGUUAAAGCCCUUGUUGAAAGUCAGUGUCUCAAACGGCAACGCCGAGGAUCGAUUGUUAGCUCAUUUGAGUCAGCACUUUGAGCCAUCGGAAGUUGGUAUGCUGGCGAGGUGUUUUUGCAUACCUUUGGUUUCAAUUCGAGUGGGGAAGAUCAACAAACAAGGGAAUCAUUUUCAGCCUACUGCUUUAAGGGGAAACUUGAGUCUUGCACUCUUGCCAUCAUCAGACUUGCGCCUUUCGUUUGUUGGGGAUGAUGGUCAAACAGAGAGAUUGUUUACCUUAAGUGACAAACAUCAGUGUGCUGCUAUUUCCAUCAAUGAGAUUCCAACAGACAGUUCUGGACGAUCUUUCCUUGUGAAAGUGCCAGAUGGCAAAGGUUUUUACUAUUGGUGCUCGGAGAAGUCAAAGCUCUUGGGGUAUGAAUUGGUUUCAAAGAUGAAGGAUCUAAUCAAGAGAAAACCAUCUAUAGCUGAAUUAUCUGGAAUCAACGAGUUACGACUUAGUUGUUUUGUAACUCCGCUCCGUGCUUUUCUCCUAGGAACAACAGUUAAGGUACAAGCACAUUCUGGUUUACCUUCACCCAGUACCGCGCGUGAUGCCAUUGAUGAGCACUAUGGGUAA